AUGACAUCUUGUCCGAGGCUCAGUCGAAAGGUCUUGGAGUACGAGUCCGUUAUCGCAUAUGAGUUUAAUUCUAAGUCUCUCUGCGCACAAGCACUGAACACAGCCGCCGACGCGAUGUCUGUCUGUGUUCUGGACGGUUCUUUCAAGCAAAUGCCCGAGAAUGAUCGACUCGCUGUUUACGGCGACGUCGCAGCUGCAGCCUACUUGUGCAGCCUCUGGAUUAAUCAAGAUUGCUGGACCACGCUCCGCCGCGACCUGAUCAGCAAUGAUAACCUGGCUAGAGUUGGCAGGGGACACGGUCUUCAUAAGUGCAUCAACAUGAAGGGAGGAACUACUAGGGUCAGUUCCGGGAUGGUCGCAACGGCUGUCGAGGCUAUUCUCGGGGCCGUCGAAAAUGACGGCGGCCGCGAUGCUCUCGCCUGGGUCAUGAAGCAUCUUGGUCUCACGGAACAUGCUCUCCUUGGAUCGGUGCCUUCGCAGCUACCGUGGAAUUCCCCUGUGACAUCAGCCUGCGAUCCCAGGGUUUGUCUAGGUUGCCUUCUCAAGAAGCGCUAG